AAAUCAGGAUGAUGUUGGAGAACUUCCGCACUCAAUAGGGAAGCUACUGGGUUUGAAGCAUCUGUCUCUACGUGGUUGUACUGAGCUUAGUAAGCUUCCAGAUUCUAUUGGAGAGUUGAGAUCACUCCUCUAUUUGGAUUUAUCUGAGUGCAUUACCAGAUUCCAUCGGAAGACUAGAGUUGCUACUCAAAAUGGAUUUAUCUCGAACAAAUCUUGUAGAAUUACCAUAUUCUAUAGGCAACCUUAGACGGUUGAAGUUCAUGUGUUUGAAUUGGACUAAGAUAAGAGACCUACCGAAGAGCAUAUGGACUCUGGAGAAUCUUGAGGAGUUGACUGCCAAAAGCUCUCAAAAUUUCGAGGGGGAAAUUCCAAGUGAAAUCGCGAGACUAUCCCAAUUGAAGAUUCUGAACUUGUCCCGGAGCAAGCUUAGUAGACUGCCAAUGACAAUAAAUCAGCUCUCUAAUCUCCGAGAACUUGUUUUAUUGGAUUGUGCCAAGCUUCGGUUGCUACCAGAUCUCCCGACAAGUUUAACAAAGCUAGAGUUGUCCUCUUCAUUGUUGAAGGAAGUACCCAACCUCUCGAAACUCACUAAUCUACUUCAUCUGGACAUAAGUGAUUGCACUUUUGACUUUAAGUUUUUCAAAACAACACAAGCACGGGUUGCAAAUUUGAACCUAGAAUGGCUUGGUAGGCUACAUGAAUUGCAGAUUUUGAGACUGGUUCUUUCCGAUUCCAACUUGCCUUCGACUAACUUGAGCUCCCUUACUCAGCUCCGGUCACUUGAAAUAACUUGUUCCGACCCACGGUCGCUGACACAGCUUCCGUCCAGUUUAGAAGUCUCGAGCUUAGAAGAUGUGAAGACCCCAAUAGAAUGGCCAAUGUUCUCCAACCUGGGAAAUUUGUGCGAAUUAGAGCUCUCUGGCUGUCGGUUAAGAGAGAUUGAGUUUGACCAUGUGCUUGGACAGCUAGAGAAUCUCCAGCGACUGCAAGUGCGCAUGUGCAAGCGGCUGGUGAGGCUAUCCAAUCUAUCGAGCUUAAAGGAGCUCGGAGUGCUGAGUGUGGAGUACUGCCCGCAACUUAUUGAGAUCGAAUCCCAACGAUCUUCAACGGGAGGUUGCAGUUCCACAGAAAGGCCCAUUCCUGAUACACUGAAGCUAGAGAGCUCCGGUCUUUGAGAGUCUACUAUUGUGAAUCGGUGCGAAAGUUGCCUGCUAUACCAAAUGCGUGUGACGUCGAGGUUAUCCCAUGGCAAUCCUUAACAAGAUCUGAGACUGGGCCCACUUUUGUUGAUGAUCCGCUGACAUUGAAGAAGAAGAAGAAGAAGAAGAAGAAGAAGAAGAAGAAGAUAUAUGAAAUAUGAGCAAUCGGCGUGGCCCGCCCAAGCACCAGAACCGUACGCCUGGAAGCCCCCAACCGCCGGCGCUAAAAUCAACGAAACGGAAGCUGGAGGGAAGUUCCAGCUGUACUCCGAGAUGACUGGAGUUCGCGCUCGAUGUGAAGAGCUGAUUGCGCGGAAACGCCCGUUACCGCAAGCAAAUAAGUAAUUCUAGGAGGGCCUCCAGAAAUCGCCGAAGUCCGAGACUCUGCCGCCGCCGAAUCCGCCGGUGGCUGUGGCCGAGCUUGGCCAAGAGCUCCUCCCAGAAGGUGGCAUUUGGCCACUCCUUUGGCGUCUACUUCCCAUGCUCCUCCGCCCAAGUCCAACCCUGCCUGCCGGACAUAUGCAAGCAAUCCGCUGGACUUGCACGAGCGAGGUGAGACGAUUAACCCACGAAAGAGGGAUCCACCGGGCUCUAACGCUCUUGAAAGACAGGAAAAAUAAUGAGCUCUCGGAUGGUACAAUUGGCGGAGCCAUAAACAGGGGCGUCUCGGCCAAGCACACUGGAGACGAUUCCGAUGACUGCCAGACGUCGUGGACCAGAGGUUGUGAUGCGGCAUUGGGGUCGAGACGGUAGCAACUGGACGUGGUAGCUGUGAACGAGUAAAUGCGAGGAUUUGAGACACAAGUGAGUUGGGGUUAAUUGAGAUGAAAUCAUCAACUUCAAGCUUCUUCGAGACGAGCAUUAUUCUAGAGAUGUGUGUUAAAAACGGCCACACUUCAGGUUUUUGAAAAUU